GGGCGAAAUUUUCGCUAACCGGAGAAAAUGUUUUGCCGGAUACCGAAGAAUUGACUAGGGAUGCAUUUUCCAUAUAAUUUUUCGAAGUAAAUACUUUAUGUACUAGUUGGGUUUAAUCUUCCGUUAUUAAUUGACUAACUUCGUUUCUUUCAUACUCGUGAAUAUCUUCCGUGUUUUUCUUCGCUCGUGAAGAUUCGUGCUGAUUUCGGCAUUGAUUUGAAGUUCUCAAAUCUUUCACCAUGGGUAUCAACAAGAAAACAAAACUUAAGUCACUCUCACAAGGUCGACCACCCACGAUCAAGAAACCAGCUCAACGUAUUUCAAGCAAAGCUACUCGAACAAUUAUCCGUAAGCAUCAUACGUUGGAAAAGCAAAAGGCCAAGGCGUUAGCAGACGGUGAUGAGGUUAAGGCAGCGGCACUAACACGUGAGAUUGCUUCACAAGGGGGAUUGGAAAGCUAUCAACGUGCAAGUCUAAUCGGGCAGGGCAGCGAUAGAGGUGGAGAUAGUAGCAAAAUCUUGAUGGAUUGGCUAGCGCCUCUAUGUAAAGAUCUUAAGGGCCUCGUUGAAAAGAAGUCACCUGUUCGCAUGUUAGAAGUUGGAGCUUUGAGCACUACAAAUGCUUGUUCGAGAAGUCAUACCUUUCAUGUUGAGAGAAUUGAUCUAAAUAGUCAAUCGGAGGGAAUUACACAACAGGAUUUCAUGGAACGACCGCUACCGAAGGACGAAACUGAGAAAUUUAACAUCAUCAGUCUUUCUCUAGUCUUGAACUACGUUCCGGAUGGCGUAGGCAGAGGUAAUAUGUUACUCCGAACUCGCAAAUUCUUGGAAACAAUCUGUCCGGCUGGUGAUGGCUUUAGCGAAUGGUUUCCCGCGUUGUUCUUGGUAUUGCCAUCGCCUUGUGUGAACAACUCGCGUUAUAUGGAUGAAGCGAGGCUGGAGGCAAUCAUGGAGAGCUUAGGAUUCGUUAUGGUGAAGAAGAAGCUUUCGAAUAAGCUAGUAUAUUAUCUCUGGCGUUUACAGUCGCCAACGAUGAAACCACGACAUUGGAAGAAGGAAGAGAUUCGAGCGGGAGGUAGCCGCAACAACUUCUCAAUUGUCCUCAAGAAUUGAUCGCUAUGGAGGGGGAGAGGGCAGGCGAUCUAUUGUACAUUGUACGUUGAUGUACCGGUUGCAGCUGUCUACCACGAACGACUAUUCAAAAAGAAUGUUAUCACAAGCUGCACAGAUUUCGAUAUCGACCGGAAUGUCCAGCUUGCCUCCGAACACUGAGGGGUUGUGUAAUGCAUGGAGCGAUAGGCGCAAGAUGCAGACGGGCUCGGACUACAAAUUUUACACAGUGGGUCAGCACCCUUGAGGAACUUUCGGCCUCUCCUGGUGAAUAAAUAGACAAGAUGAAAGAUCGCCCAAUCAGUUGAUGAAAAGGUACUGGUUCGUAAUGCGAAACAGUCAAAAUCAUGAAUGGUAUGGGGAGAUUCGGGAGAAUUAGUUGAGGCA